CGUGUGUGUGUGUUUCCGACCUUCACGACGACGACGGGCCCAAUGACCGUGGACUUGUCUCCGGGACAGCAGUCCAAGACGUCCCGGACGCAACACGACGACGCCAUGCCCGGCGGUCCGGCACCGCCGUCGUUCCUCAUUCGCGACAUUCUGAGUGAAGCCAGUUCGGGAAGUUCGGGACUGCAUCCCGGCGCCGGCUUGGGACUGCCGUUCUCGCACCCGGCCAUGCACGCGUUGGGACACUUGCCGCGACCUAUCAGUCCGGCGGACAGCUAUUCCAGGAACUCCGACCGCGACGAUGGACAAGGUAGCGAGUCUCCAGAGAGGACGUCAGAGUCGCCUCCUGGCGGUAGCAUGUGCUCGUUAAAAAUGAAAAAGCAACGAAAAGCUCGAACAGCCUUCACGGAUCAUCAGCUUCAAACGCUGGAGAAGAGCUUCGAAAGACAGAAGUAUUUGAGCGUCCAGGACCGAAUGGAACUCGCUGCCAAGCUGAACCUCACGGACACGCAAGUCAAGACGUGGUACCAGAAUAGAAGGACAAAAUGGAAGCGACAAACUGCCGUAGGCCUUGAACUUCUCGCAGAGGCCGGAAACUACGCCGCUGUUCAACGCAUGCUGCAGUCUUCCCCUUACUGGCUGUCCAGCUACUCUGGGGUCGCCUCGCAAUCGUCUCUGGGUGCCAUGGCUGCUCUAGACCUGUAUUACCGCCAGGCUGCUCUCCAGAAGCCGAUGGCAUACAGGCUGUAUCCGGGUGUGCCAGGUGUACCACCGAUUCCCACACAGGCGACAGCAACUAACGGCCUACCAGGACCCAAUGGAAGCGCUGGAUCUCUUUCUCUUCCUGUGGUGAACUCGAGCACACCGCCAACGUUAACAACGUCUGCCUCCGGGUCUCCGACGGCGACGAGCUCACCGAUACCUUCUGUGUCGUCUCCCUACUUGCACACAAGAGAAUCGUGCUAGUACAGAACUUUCUAGUGGAGGACUUUGUGCCAGGACAUUCCGGGACACUAUUGCUCAUUGUAGAAGAAUGUGAUGCCACUUGGAAACUUGGGGUCGUAGGGGCGCUGGUGAGGUAAAUAGGGGUGCAGUGUCUGACGCGAGACAUGGCUUAACAUGAAUGAAAUUGCAAAAGGUUAAACGACAAGAGAUGUUCAUAGUCGUGUUCAACCUAACAACGGCACAUUUAAGCUCCGCCCAUUGGCUGCAAUCACUUGCCGCAUCACUAUACACCGCGAAAAGUAGUGCGCCGACAGGUGGCGCUGCAGUAGACUUUCUCCCACUUUCUCAGAGUAGCUCUGUUAC